UGUUUACUCUGGUCUAGUGGCUUUGCUUACUCGCAGUGUGACAGACUAUGGCUGACUUCACUGGACCAAACUGCAGACAGACCAUGUGAUUUCGCCCUCUGUCUGGUCGGUCUUUCAGUCUGUGGCUUUGCUGUUUGUCUGGGUCCUGUAGUUGGACUACAAGGUUGAGUACACAUGGUGGAAAAAGAGUGGACUGAGUAGGUUUUUCAUGGAGUCUGACUGUCCAUGUGUGUGACACUGGAGUCGCAGGGUCACUGCACAGUAAAUGAGGUCCUCCUCUCCUUCCAUGUUGGAUCAUUUCUAUCCAUUACCAACAGUCUGCUCUAACAGGAGGUCAUGUCAUCUGAGUCUUGCGGUCAGGGACAGGGAGAGGAGAAGAAACAAGAUGAAGAAGUGGAGAGACAGGAAGUGGAGGUUCCCUGUGAGGACAAGCAGCCUACAGAAAGCCUGAGGCAAGAGGAGUCUGUGUCACCUGACCAUAGAGGCAUGCAGGAAGUGACAUCAGAAGGUGGACUGGAGCAGGUCCAGAGGGAGGAGACACAGACUCAGGAGGAGAGAAAGAGGUUUUCCCACAUGACUGUGAACCAGGCGAGCCGAGCUCAAGGGUCAGGUGCAUGUUCGGUGGAGGGAUAUCUCCCCAGGUUCUUCCCCAGGGGCUUGUCAACCUGCUCCUACCCCUCCAAGGACAGGGAGCGGCAUGUAGACGAGCCCUGGGGGUCUGGACCUUUCUACUUCUUUGGAGGAGCCAAUGGGGCUGAAAUAGUAAGCAGUUACUGUGAGAGCAGAGGAUGGAAGAGGAUUUACAACAAGCACAGGGAGGAUUUCAAACUCAAGUGGUGUGAAACCAAGUCACCAGCCAACUACUGCAACUUCAGAGAAGGUGAACAGUUGGUGUACCAGAUCCCUAACAACAAGGUGCUCACCACUAAGAUCGGCCUCCUCAGCAGUCUGCGGGAGUAUGAGCGAGUCAGCAGCAAAGUCGAGCAUGGUCGAGGGCCCAGGAGGCUGAAAAUGGAAGAGUUCAUUCCCACUACUUUCCGUAUGGAUGUGAGGGACGAGAGGGACGCUUUCUUUGCUCAGCAGGAAGGUGUGAGGAACAAUGAGAGUUGUAUGUGGAUCUGUAAACCCACGGGUCUGAACCAGGGCGAGGGAUCUUUCUAGCUGAAGAACCAGGAGGACUUAGCCGCCCUCAGACUGAAGCUGCAGCAGAUGGAGGACAGACAGGCCAACCGGAGGAUGUAUCACUGCCAACCUCAGGCUCGCAUCGUCCAGCACUACAUUCAGAGCCCACUGCUGCUGAAAGGGAAGAAAUUUGACGUUCGCUCGUACCUCCUGAUCGCCUGCACCGCACCUUACAUGGUCUUCUUUCGCCACGGUUAUGUGCGACUCACCUGCGACCUCUAUGACCCCAGCUCCAACAACCUCUCUGCCCACCUGACCAAUCAGUACAUGCAGAAGAAGAACCCCCUGUACAGCCAGCUGAAGGAGGACACUGUGUGGUCCAUGGAGAGCUUCAACGCCUACGUCAACGACAGGUUUCGGGUUGCCAAGGGUCUGCCCAGGGACUGGGUGCUGGGCGCCUUUGCAAAGCGAAUGCAGCAGAUCAUGACGCAGUGUUUCCUUGCUGUCAAAUCCAAGCUAGUCUGCCGACUGGGCUUCUUUGACCUGAUUGGCUGCGACUUCAUGGUUGACGAGGACUUCAAGGUGUGGCUGUUGGAGAUGAACUGUAAUCCAGCUCUCCAUACAAACUGUGAGGUGCUGAAGGAGGUGAUACCCAGCACUGUGGUGGAGAUGCUGGAUUUAACUCUGGAGAUCUUCAACAAGUGUCGUCUCCGGCAGAGAAUCCUUCCUUUGGCCAGUCAGAGAGACUUUGUGUUGCUCUACAAUGGAGUUUUUCCUCAUGAUUCAGCACUGGCCUGCAACAAGAGCCACAUAAACACUGAAAUCUACCAGAAAACCACCAAAAAGACCCAAAAGACUGAACCCAGAUGCUGUAAGACAGGAAGGGAGGGCAAAAAUGUGCCUUCAUCUUUCCCUGAUAACUGUAUUGAUGUCUCAGAGAGUGUUGAAGGACGGGGUACUUCAACGUCUGGCCACCAUCCCACUACCUCAACCUCAGCUUUCUUCCAAAGCUCCUCACCAGGGCAGAGACCUUCACAGCUACACAGCAACAACAACAGCAGCAGCACCAGCAUACAGACUGUCAGGAGUAAGAACCCCAGGCCUCGGGUCCAGCUCAAGCUGAGCAAAUGUACUCUGCAUCAUCAUUUAAAGGCCACAGACCCAAAGAACUCUAAGACUCAGCAGAAGACGCGGAUCAUCAUGGCGCUGUCAUCACUGACGCUAAGUGAAGAGAUGUCUGUCUGUGACUCUCCGGAGAUGACGCUGUCCCCUCCUGAGGCUGGACCUCCUGUGUGUGGGGACAAACCUGAAAGACAAGAGGAACCUGGUGAAAAAGAGCUCAGAGAGGAUACAAAAAGUUUAGUGUAUGAAAGAAAAGAGGAACUGUGAAGCAUAUAUGCAAACAACUGUGUGAAAAAUCUACACAUUUGACAUCUGGUGCUGUUUUUCUUUCCUGAGAAAUUCAGAGAAAUGCUGAGAAAUGUUUCAUGAGACUAUAAAGAAGAGAGAACAUUUAUCUCUUCAGCACUGAUAGCUGGUUUUAUGUUUCAUGUUGUUUUGUAAGGAAUAUGCCAUAAAGAGCACCUUUAAUUUUCAUUUAAAAACAGCUUUUUCUGCAAAAUUUGGUGGAAUUGUUUUCUGUAACUUAAACAUGUGACCUUCAUCCCCAAAACAACAGCAAGUCUCAGAUGGAAAAUACGUCCAUCAGUCAUCUCACACCAGGUCAUGUCACUUCACAGACAGCUCCUGUGUCUGUGGAGAGACACAAACACUCAGACAUGAGUGAACCAAACCCUGCCACCAUCUUACUAUAAUUCUAACCAGGAAGAUCAACACCAGGCUCCACUCUACAGUUGUUGUGGCUUGUUGUUUUGACUGUAGCUCUUUACCUCUCUGUUUCAUAACU